CGGGCUGUCAAAAACACAAAAAAAAACAUCGCCCUCAAAACAUAAACACAUCGCUUCCGAAGAAAACAAACCGCCGUUCCUUCAAAAUAACAGAACAAAUCACGGCGACCGGAUCGGGUGCAGUUCCAGGGCAAAUUUAGCGUAGAAAAUCGCCCGUUUUCAUGCAAGUAGUUCAUGAAUAGUUCCCGUUAAGUGCUCCAUACCGUGGUGGUACAGCUACGCACAACACUGCCUCCCCUACACACUUUGAUGGGAUCACCUUUCGCACCACGGCUAUGCCCUCAAAAUGGCGGCGACGAAUGCUGAGCCAGUUUUGCGAUCGCGAAACUCGGAAGUGCGAUCGUUUGUGCUGUUUCGCAACACGACCGAACGGGUGGUGGACGUGUACUGGGUCAACUAUAGCGCCACGCUUACCCACUACUCGACACUCCAGCCGGGGGCCCAAUGCAAGGUAAACACGUUCGUGUCGCACCCGUGGCUGUUUAAGGACAAACGGCACGAGGAGCGGAUGCACGUGCGGCACCAGCCAAUCUUCAUGCCGGAACCCUGGUACAACAGCUUCACCGGUGCUGGCCGGCUUAACCGGAUGGAGGCCCGGAUCCACUUUCCGGUGCGCACGCUGAAGGAAAACUGUUUGUGGCGUAUCUUAGCGCUGCUGUCGGCGAAAGAGGAAAGCGUACUGUGCGAGCUGGAGCUCCCGAACGUGCUUGUGCAGGAGCUAGUGAAGAGGAAAAGGAAUAGAGUAUAAAGUAGGAAGCAAAUGAACGCACACGCGCCAGUAGGAAGAAGGGGGAAAAACGAAACUCGUUCACUUUUGCAAUAAUCGUUUAUUUGUGUGUUUGCAAUUACACGCUAGGUAUUGCCCCCGGGGGAUUGGUUUCCUUUACAUCAUAAACCCACGCAUGCUUCCUUUCGCUCGUUCGCUCUCUAUAUAUUUAGCGUUCUAAAUAGUGUACGACAAGAUCUUCCCGACAGUAAUAUAUCGCUAUGAGAUUUCCCGGUUAGCGCAGGACUAAACCCGCCAGCUCACGGGGUUAUCAGUAUCAUAUCAUGUUCUCAUGCCUGCUCAUCAUUAUGGGUGCGCUUAUAGUUCCUCUCCUUUUCGCUUCUUUUACUAACAACAAAUGAUCGCUAAUAUCAUGUUAAAAGUUAUCCUCUCCCACCCCCUCUCUACACUAUCCAUCGAUUUAACUGAAAAUAGAAAAUAGUUUUCCCCAGACAGUUUUUUGUUUGUUUGUUUGUUUGUCUCCUCGUUUUAUCUAUCGCAUGUUUUCUCUCCCGUUUUACACUGAUAUAACAUCGUUUCGUGCCACACGUUAAUAAUGUUCCUUAAAAAUUGUUUGUUCAUUUUGUACUUUUUUUUGCUGGUUUCGCGCCCUUGCAGCACCGCACGUGCGACCGCAUUCGCUCUAAAUACACCGAAAAGCCUUUACUUUCUGAGAAGAGACCGGACCUUCCCGGUGGCACACGCUAAUACUACGCUAACGGGGAAGGUUCCUUUUUUUUUUGGUAGCUUAUUACAUUUUGUACAACAUAAUGUGGGUGCCCAAGUGCCUUCAGCUAAACGGGGGGGCUACUGAAAGAGAUGAUGGCUGCUGGUAAAGUAAAGUGGUCAGAAUAAUGCUAAAAGUCUCUAUCUUCGUACGUUCUCUCCCUCCUCUCCAGCUCGUGUACGUAUACUAAAACUUAAUCAUACUAAAUGUUGGUGUGGUUGUUCUACUGAAAUGCUCGCAAAUCACUUCUGAAGCGAUUCACAACUCAACUACAUUACGGCUGUUGUGCGGCGAGCCUUGGUUGUGGUUGCCUUCGCUGCUGUAUGGCCAUUGGAACAUAAAAAAGGGGGUUAAACCACACACACACACACCCAACUAAUCCGACCGGUGGUAGAAGUAAUCGGCAGUUUAGCUAUGAAACUUUUCAAUGUGCCGCGAAAGCGUUUGGGGCGUCUUGAAGACAUUAUAGCAGUAGGUGCAGAUCAGCUUCGGCUGCACGUUGAAGCUGUUGCCGAGCGUGUUGGAGAUGCCGAACAGGUUUUGCGUCUGGGCCAGCAUGUUGGCCUGCAGCUCCGUCUUAAUGCGAUUGAAAUUGCUCAUCUUUUCCUGAGAGAGAGAGAGAGAGAGAGAGAGAGAGAGAGAAGUGGGAGAGAAAUGCAAAAGGAUGCGAUUUUAAGAACAAACAACAGAAAAACACACACACACACAAAACGGCGGUCUAGAGACAAGAGACGGGGAGGAAGAAAAAACAAGCGAACCAAACA